CUGUUGCAGAACCAAAAAAGCGAAAAAUCUAAAAAGAAAAACUCAAUUUAUUGUGCGAAAACAAAAUGGGAAAAUUAAAUUAUAAUUGAUGUACAGCACCAAUAUGCGAAUGGAACACAAAUGGAAAAACAGGCUUCAGCUGCAGGCUAUUCAAAUUAGCAGAAGAGCAGCAGUGCCUUAAAUAAAUUAAACAGUAACUGUUCUAUAAUUGUAAAUUGUAACCUAAGGAAGUACGCAACUAAUUAUUCAUACAAACACUGGGAUUUAUAUCUUAAAAAAAACGUGACUAGCACUCAGCCGGACGGACAACAACCAGCUGAACAAGAAAAACAGCCAAGAACUAAAGCCAACGAAGUCGUUAAAAGGCCGCCACAAAUGGCCGCCGAAAAGGAGAUGCAGGCACACGACAUGGUGCGACGACGGAGCUGGGCACGCGCUGUGGCGCUCUACGAUCAAAUACUCGCUUCCAGUUCGACUCCGCAGCCUCAGCAGCAGCAACAGCAGGCGGCGCAGGCAAAUGGAACGUUGCGCGGGCAAAAGGAUCAGCAAAUCGCAUGCCUGCUCGGCCGUUGCGAGUGCCUGCUGGAGCUGGGCAGAUACGAGGGAUGCCUGGCAGAUGCCUACAAAGUGCUCACCCUGCUGGCCGAGCAAACCGAGUGCUUGGCCAGCGUAUCCCGGGCACGCCGUUGGCUGGUCCACGCGCUCUUCAAGCUGCACAAAUAUUCGGAUGCGGAGCACUUUCUGAGCAAAUGGAUCAAUGAGCUGAGUGGCCAGCAAAUAUUCUCGGACAUAUCGAAGACGCUUGAGCGAUACAAGUCCAUCAUACAAAUGAUUAUGAAUGGACACAACAAGUUGCAAACGCAAACGCAAAAGAUACCGCAUGCCCGGCUCGAGGAUGAGAUGGCCAUAUUGGACACCAAACUGGAUCAUUGGGCGACCAAUAAUCUGCCACUGGACAAAUACAGCAAGCUGCUCAGCAAUAAGGGCCUCAAGAAACGUGAGCAACAACACCAACAACAACAUCAGCAGCAGCAGCAACAACAACAGCAGAAUGGCAGCGGUAGCUUCAGUAGUAGCAGCAGCAGCACAGGCAGCAGCAGCACCAUGUCCAGCUCGAGUGCAAAGAAUAUUGAACUGCUAUCGGGGAUUAAGCUGACUGGCGUUAAGCAUUCACCAGUGGAACUCGGACUCGAUGCGGAUCAAGGAGCAGCAGCAGCACAUGCGACAUCAACAACAAUAACGUGCAGCUAUUGCGCCAUCAAUUUUCAAACGCGCAACGAGCUGAGGCAACAUUGUCAGACUGAAAGCCACCAGAAAGUGAUAAUGAGCGAUGAAGGUCGCGAUUGGAAGUGGCGUCCACCACCUCGUGGCUACACGCUGGACACGUACAGUGUGUGCGAGACAUUCGCCGAGGCGCACACCUGCCACUAUGGGGCACAGUGUGUGGAGGCGCAUGGCCUCGAGGAGCUGAAUGAGUGGAAGGAACGCUUCGAGUAUCGGCGAAUGCGUGUGCAGAAGGCCUGCGAGAAGGAAUUGUAUGGCAAAUCGUACACGGAACAGGUGCUCGAACGUUGGAUUCAGGCAACAGCCCCAGAGCGUGUCAUGUGCGAAAGAGUUGCGGAUGUGGAAGCGAAAUGUGAGCAGCAAUUGGUAACGAGCAUCAGUUCGAAGACUUCGAAGCGCGAAUGGCUCUUUCAGCUGGAGACAUCGCGACCUCUGAAAGCGGUCGCCCUGCUGCAGGAUGCGCAUCGUAAUCACUUUGCAUUGAAAUCGAUCAAGCUGGGCAAUGCAACAGCAACAGCAGCAGGUGCCGAAACGGAGGCCACCAAUGUAGAACUAAAGUCUGAUCAGGAGUGGGUGACAACGAGUGGUGCGGUGACAACAGCCACAUUGCCCGAAGCCUCAGCCCAAGAUGGUCAGGACGGGCAAACCGCCGCCACACCGCCGAAAAUUGUUCACACACACGAGAUCACGAUUGAAUUUCAUACGGAAAUUUACGGCACGUUUCGUCAAUCGAUCUGCUUUGAUGUUGGCCAGGAGCCGCUGCUGGUGCGACAUCUGUGCGUCGAUGUGCUGCCCGUUAGUGAUGCCGAAAAGAUCGAGGAGAUCAAGCGUGACAUUAUCAACAGCUCGGCCACACGAUGGGAUGUGGCGAAUACGCAAUUAACACGCUUUGAGACCACAAUUGGUACGCAUCUUAAAACGGAAGCCUAUCUCAGCGAUUUGCAGCAUGAACGGGAACUGCUGGAGAGAUAUCCGUGUCCACGGGCUGCCACGUUCACGUUAACACAGUCCACGAUUGUGGAGAAACGACUGACGCAAAACAACUAUCGUUCGCGAAUCCACGAGCUGCUCUACGUCGAGGAGAUUGCUCGAUACGAGCAGAUCGCCCGAUAUAAUGUGCGCACCAAGUUGACAGUGGCCUCCAAUUAUAUUUUAACUCCAGCGGGCAUGGCGACCAGCACGGCCAAGUAUUCGCUGGCGGGUGAAUUGUUCGCACUGAUGCGACUGGGCAAGGACAUUUCGGAGGAUACAUCGCCGGGUCGUCUAAUUCUAUCCAAUUGCAGCAGCGUCUACAUUUCAGCACCCGAAGAGGCUGCAGCGAGCAAAUCUGAUAAAUUGGAUAAAUCCGAUAAAUCGGAGCGUGCUGUGUUUGAGGCCCUCAUUGAGGACAAAGGCAAAAAUGUUAUCUAUCUAAAGUUGUCUUCCAAAUGCGUGGAGGCAAUGUCGCUGCAAGCGGACACUGAGUUGGAUGUGGACAUUCAGUUCCAGUUGAAUCGCAUGCCCUACUGUGAGUGGCACAAUGCCGUCGACAAAAUAACCGAUUUCCGUUUAAUAUUUCCGGCCACCGAACUGGAACCGGCUAUACCCUGGACACCCAAGAAGCAAUGGGCCGACGCCUGUGAGCCCAAGCUGAAUGCCAAGCAGCGCGAGGCCGUCAAUGCGAUAACCACGGCACUGAGUAUUAAGUUGCCGCCAAUUCUGCUGAUCGGUCCAUUUGGCACGGGCAAAACAUAUACGUUGGCUCAGGCGAUUAAACAGCUGCUGGCCCAGCCGGAGGCCAAGAUACUCAUAUGCACGCAUUCCAAUUCGGCGGCAGAUCUCUAUAUCAAGGAGUAUCUGCAUCCGUGGGUCGAGGAGGGUCUCGAGGAGGCGACGCCACUGCGUGUCUACUACCACAAACGUUGGUCGGCCACCGUCAACGGAGUCGUGCAAAAGUAUUGCAUUACAGAUGGCGUUGGCAAUUUUCGUCGGCCCAGCGUUGAGGAUAUAAUGCGACAUCGCAUCAUUGUCGUCACACUGAGCAUCAGCAUGGAGCUGGCAACGCUGGGUCUGCCCAAGGGGCUGUUCACACACAUCUUCCUCGACGAGGCCGCACAGGCAAUGGAAUGUGAGGCGAUUAUGCCGCUUGCGCUGGCCAACGAUGCGACUCGGAUUGUGCUCGCCGGUGAUCACAUGCAGAUGAGUCCCGAACUCUUCUCAGCGUUCGCCAAGGAGCGCAAGUUGCAUAUAUCGCUGCUGGAGCGUCUCUACGAUCACUAUCCUUCGAAUUUUCCCUGUAAAAUUCUGCUGUGUGAAAACUAUCGGGCACACGAGGCCAUCAUACGCUUCACCUCGGAGCUCUUCUACGAGCAGAAGCUGGUUGCAUCGGGGAAACAGCCGCGCCACGAUCGUUUCUAUCCGCUGACGUUCUUUACGACAAGAGGCGAGGAUGUGCAGGACAAGAAUUCGACGGCAUUCUAUAACAAUGCCGAGGUCUACGAGGUGGUCGAACGUGUCUCCGAGCUGCGAAAGCGUUGGCCCAGUGCCUGGGGCAAACUGAACGAUACGAGCAUUGGCAUAAUGACACCCUAUGCCGAUCAGGUGUUUCGCAUCCGGUCCGAGUUGCGCAAGCGUCGCAUGGGCGGCAUCUCCGUGGAGCGUGUGCUCAAUGUGCAGGGCAAACAGUUCCGAGCCGUCUUCCUGUCCACGGUGCGCACAAGACGAACAUGUUUGCCCCAGGGCGGUAGCGGAUCGGGUACGGGCGGUGCAGCUGCUGCCAUCGCCACCGCUGCCAAUGUUGGUGAUACGGACACGGAUUACGGAUUUCUCAGCAAUUCGAAACUCUUGAAUACGGCAAUUACGCGUGCCCAAUCUCUGGUUGCAGUCGUCGGUGAUCCGGUUGCUCUCUGCUCGAUUGGCCGUUGCCGCAAGGUCUGGGAACGUUUCAUUGAAAUAUGCGAUGAGCACAAAUCGCUAUUUGGUCUCACCUGGUCCAAUCUCCGUUCGCAACUCGAUGGCGUCGAGAUGAAGCGUGGCUAUGUGCUCAAUCCACUGGCGCCGGAAUUUGUGCCGCGUUCCCUCCAGCCGGAGGCGUAUUUGCGCGAGCAAGCGGCCCUCUACCUAAAUGCACCACCACACGCACCACCCGGCAGUCAGGCGGCACACUAUGCUGCCAAUGCUGGCAUGGGUCCCGGACCCUCGGCCACUCAUCAGAUGAAUCAGAUGGCCGCCGCCAUGGCCAAUCAGCAACUGACGCAUAUGUACUCCACCCACAUGGCUGCAAUGAUGGCAGCCGCUGUGGCUGCCGGUGGCAAGACACCUAAUGGCCCAUCGCCAGGACCGGGACAGGGACCGGCUGCUCAUCUGCGUGGUCAUAUGGGAAUGCGUGGGCCGCCGCCAAAUGGUCCGCCACCCGGGCCGCAUUUGCGCCAGUCUCAGCCGGGUGGUGGUGGUGGUCCGCCGCCGCCACCUUACGGCCAGUAUCCGGCUAUGCAGCAUUGGCGACCACCCGUCGCCCCGCAACAGGCACAGCAGCAACAGCAACAGAAUCCCAAUGCCAGCCUCUGGGGCCCACCGCCGCAGACGAAUCCCUGGAGCGUCUUGCCGCCAAACAAGCAACCGCCACCGCCACAGCAAUCAAAUGCGCCCGGUCGCGGUCCAGGACCACUGCCACCACCAACACUUCGAGGAGGCAGCGUACCGCCGGCUGCAGGCAACGCAACGAAUGCCGCACAAUUGCUACGGAAUCCGAGUGAGUUGGGUUACCUGGCUAAGAAGACGCUCUACAACCAUGGCCAGGCGCCACCUCCGCAGCAGCAGCCCCUGCCUCCGCAACACCAUCUGUAUGGCCAGCCACCGAUGCCCAUUCAGCGUGGCAGCAGUGUGCCCAACGGUCCGAUGAGUCCCAUGGAAAACGGUCCACCACCGUAUCUAAGGCAUAAUGGAGCGGGACCUGGUUACUCCAACUAUGAUAAGCCGGCGGUGCCGCCACAGCAGCCUCCACCUGCCCCCUAUAUGUAUACAGCCGGGAAGCAGCCGUCACCAAGCGCGUUGCGCUUUCCAUCGGCACACGAAUUGCUGCCGCCCAAUAUGAGCAUCUACGAGAUGGCCUUCAAUUCGAAGGAGGAGCAAUAUAAAUGGUAUCUGAAACUGCUCGAGUCCGUGGGCCAGGAGGCGGCCAACAAGUUCGGCGACAUGCUGAGGCAGGUGAUGGCAUCGCUGCCGCAGCAGCAGGGUCACCAGCCACAGCAUCAUCCGCAGGGGCACAAGCCGCAGCCGCCGGCAGGGCCAGGACCAGGACAGAUGCUGUCCAAUCCGCAUGCGAUGGCGAUGGGGCCACAGCCACAGCGGCCACAAUAUCCUAUGAUGUAUCCGGCACAGGCGCAGAACCAACAGCAGCAGCCAGUGGAUGCAUCGCCACCGUUGGACAACUUCAAUCAGCAAAUCGAUCUGGUGUUCAAUUCGAUUAUGAAUGGGGCCAAUGACAUAGCGCAACCCAUUCUACGUGAUGUGCUCGGCAUGGUGGGUGUAACGGCAACGGCAGGUGGUGCAGGAGGCAUGCCACCACUCUCCAAUGGCAUGAUGAAUGGCGCCGAUAUACACCAACAACAACAGCAGCAUCAGCAGCAACAACAGCAGCAUCAACAACAGCAGCAGCAACAACAACAACAGCAACAACAGCAGCAGCAGCAACAGAGUCGCCUCUUUAACAUGAUGCAAGGCCAGCAAGCAGCCCAACAGCAAGCGCCCUUGUCUCUGGCCAAGCAUGCUCCCAACCAGGGUCCGCUGCAGCCGCCGCAAGCCAUGUAUGGCAAUCAUAUGGCUGGACCGGUAUCGGGAGCAGCUAUCCAUCCGGCAGGAGGGGGCAACAACAGCGUGGGUGUUGCCAACUUUAUGGCCACUGCCAAUAAUGCUUUGCUUAACGACAAGCCGUACAACAACAGCAGCAACUUCAACAAUAGCCAUAACAAUGUUGUCCACAACAGCAAUGGACUUCAUAACAAUUCGGUGCCGCUCUAUCGACGCCAGCCAAUGACCGGCAAUGGGGGCAACAAUUACAAUAAUAUGCCCAGUCUGUUUGCCGGCGUGGAUCCGGGCACCAAUCUCAUUGAGGCCCUGUUCCAAGCCAAUAAUGUUGUCGCCGAACACUCAAACAAAUCGGAUCAUGGCCACGGUCUGCUCUACAACAGCUAUAAUACGCUAAAGGGCGGACAUGAUUUGGACUUGUUUGCGGCAGUGCCAAAUCAAUCGGCACAGUCCGUCGCUGCAGACACCGUCAAUCAUCAGCAUCAGCACCAGCACCAGCAGUCUUCAGCUGCCACCACAUAUGCGGCCGUACUCAGCCAGGGACCGCAAGCAGCCGUUGCACAUCAGCAGCAGCAGCAACAGCAGCAGCAACAGUCAGCUAUGAAUUCGGCGCGACUGUUGCAUCCAUCAUCGAAAUCUUCCCAGCCAAGCAAUGACAUGGAAAAGGAUCCAUUUGCGGCCAUACGUGAAUUGGGACAGGCCACCACUGGUUUUUAUAACUACUUUCAAUGAGCCUAUGACCACAUGGCAGCGUUCAAUGCGCCGGCGACGACCCCCGCCUGCUGCACGUGGCAUCAAAGUCUCUUAGGGUCUUCGAAAAAAAGAAGGCGCAAAAACAAAAACAAAAAAAAAUUGCAAAAUUAGAAAUGAAAAAAAAAAAACACUAAAAAAAAACAAAAAAGAAGAAAAAAAUUAAUUGCUUGUUAAUUUUAGCUCUCCCGUUUGCUUUUUUUAAUCGCACUUAAUUUAAAUUUUGUAGAUUUAAUUAUUAUUACAAUUAUUAUAUAUAUUAUAUGCAUAUGUUUAGUAGUUACAAAUGCCGCAGCAGGCCGUUCCGCCCCCGCCCCCCUCCCCGCCCCUCCUCCCACACACACGCACGCCCCUGGCGCUGUCAUGUCGUAUGUAGCAGGGUCGCUCUGAGCACCCAUCUCUUGAAACUAAAAGUAAAUAAUAACUUAUAAAAUAAAAACAUACAAAAAGAA